CCCAAACAGGCCUCAUGUGGAUGCUGGUACUAGGUGGGGUUUUCCUGGCAGCUGCCCAGGCCUGUGUCUUCUGCCGCCUCCCAGCCCAUGACCUGCUGGGCCGCCUGGAUCAGAUCUGCAGCCAGAUGGAGGUCCAGUGGGAGGCAUGUGAGGCCUCCCAAGACUUCUCGGCCUUUGCCUUAGAUGAAGUGUCCAUGAACAAAAUCACAGAGAAGACUCACAGGGUCCUGAGGGUCAUGGAGAUCAAAGGGUCUUUCUCCUCACUCCCUUUAUAUUGGGAAUGGCUUCACAAUACCAAGAUCCCAGAAUACACCAGGGAAGCUCUCUGUGCCCCCGCCUGCCGGGGCAGCACCACCCUGUACAACUGCUCCACCUGCGAGGGUGUGGACGUGCACUGUUGGUCCAGAAAGCAGUGCUUCCCAGGAAGUCACGAUCUUUGGGAAGCCCGGAUUCUGCUCUUCUCCGUCUUCGUUGCUGUCCUGCUUCUGAGUGUUCUGAGCCUUGUGGUGGAGUCCCGCAGCCUCCAGGCAAAAAGUGGCUUGUGAAGAUGCUGACAACCUCCCAGCCUCCAGCUCUAAGGGUGUGUGCCCACAACUUCCACUUCCCUU